AUCAGAAGAAAUAGAAUAUUACAGAAAGAUUCCAAAAUUUAAAUAUGUAUUGGCACGUUACUGAAAACUUGGCUGCUUCUCUCGCGUGUCAAAGCAAAAAUUCGUGAGUUGAUUCCUUCUCUGUUACUGUGUGUACCGGCCUAGCUAGCAACCAUUUAAAACCUGUUCCUUCUUCUGUCUCUCUUUCCUUGUCCUCAUUCCAUUUUCAUCUCUCUCUCUCAACCCUUCCCUUUCUUCUAUUUCCAACUCCACCACCACUUUUCACAAAAAUGGACUGCAAUGCAGCUUUUCUGAGAUGUUCGACGAUGCUCUUCUUAUUGGGCCUGGGCCUGUGCCAUUUGCCGUUUACCAAAGCGACGUCGUUCAGGAAUGCCUACGCCACGAUGAUGUACGUGGGCACUCCCAGGGACUACGAGUUCUACGUCGCGGUUCGCGUCCUUCUUAAAUCCCUUUCCAAACUUAACGUCCAAGCCGAUCUCGUCGUCAUUGCUUCCGUCGACGUCCCUCUCCGAUGGAUUCGAGCUUUUGAAGAGGAAGAUGGUGCAAAAGUGGUUAGGGUGGAAAACAUGGAGAAUCCCUACAAGCAUCAAGAUAAUUUUGACAAGAGAUUUAAAUUAUCAUUGAACAAACUGUAUGCAUGGAGCUUAGUGGACUAUGACAGGGUUGUCAUGCUGGACGCUGACAAUCUCUUCCUUCAAAACACAGAUGAGUUAUUUCAAUGUGGACAAUUCUGUGCGGUCUUUAUCAAUCCUUGCGUCUUCCACACUGGUCUCUUCGUCUUGCAGCCGUCAACGGUGGUGUUCAAGGACAUGGUUCAUGAAUUACAGAAUGGGAGAGAAAACCCAGAUGGUGCAGACCAGGGUUUUAUAGCUAGCUACUUCCCGGAGUUGCUUGAUAAGCCAAUGUUUCAUCCACCUGCAAAUGGCUCCAAACUUCGUGGAGCAUAUAGGCUUCCUUUAGGUUAUCAGAUGGACGCGUCAUACUACUAUCUUAAACUUCGCUGGAGCGUGCCUUGUGGACCAAAUAGCGUGAUCACAUUCCCAGGGGCACCGUGGUUGAAGCCAUGGUAUUGGUGGUCGUGGCCUGUCCUGCCAUUAGGUAUCCAGUGGCAUGAACAGCGUCGUCAAACAUUGGGGUAUGGUGCUGAGAUGGCUGUGAUACUAAUCCAAUCUGCAAUAUAUCUGGGAGUAAUAGCAAUGACUCGUUUGGCAAGGCCUAGCUUCUCAAAGUUAUGUUAUAGGCGCUCUGAUAAGAGCAUCAACCUUGUCCACAACAGCCUCAAAAUAGUAGCUUUGUGGUGCAUCCUUGCUGCAUACGUAACACCAUUCUUUAUCAUUCCUCACACGGUUCACCCUCUUCUGGGCUGGAUCCUCUAUUUACUUGGUGCUUUUGCACUUUGCUCCAUUGCAAUAAAUGUCUUUCUGCUACCCAUGUUACCAGUUUUGGUACCGUGGCUUGGAAUUGUAGGGGCCCUUACGGUGAUGUCAUUUCCUUGGUAUCCUGAUGGGGUAGUGAGAGCUCUGUCAGUCUUUGUUUAUGCCUUCUGUUCUGCACCAUUUGUGUGGGCAUCUAUGGUGAGGAUAGUGGCUUUUCUCUGUCAGUUAUCUCUAGAAAGAGAAGCUUUUCUGCCUGCAAGGUUGGUAGAAUCUUCGUCAAAUUCAUGGUUUAACAAAUUAUAUUGAGUUGUUCAGUUGGACACAAUACAAGGCUGGGUCAAAGAAGGACGUUCUUGGCAAGCUCAGCAAAAACGGAAGGGAGCGCGAUACUUUAGUUCAAGAUGUGACUGGUUAAUUUAUUGAAGUUAGUUCAUCAAUUAACUGAAUUUGAGCUAAAAAUCGAGCUCUAAAUGGACAAAUCUUGAAUCAUGUAUAUUGGUUUAUAAAUAUUUGUGUAAUAUGAGAAAAAAAAUGUA